AUUGUCGGCUUCCAUCGCUCUGUUCUCUGGGCUUUAACAACUCAUUCUCCGUACAUAUCUUAGUUUCCUACCUGGGCAAUUCUCAGUUCCCAAACAUUCUUGUGUGGAGUUGGUGACUCAAAAGACUCCGAUACUCGCGUACUUUGUAUAUAUCUUUUUCUGCGCUCACAACUCUGCGAAUCAUUUUCUAGAUCAUCACUCCCUCCUUUACCCUUUUUUUUCCCGCCUGAAAAAAAAAUGGGUGACAACAGCACCAUGUCGGUACCUACCACCUCUGCGUCCGCCUUCGCCACGGCGUCUUCCUCCUCCGCCUCCGCCUCCGCCACCACUUCUUCCUUCACCGUCAAGGCCGGCCUGGCGCAGAUGCUCAAGGGAGGCGUGAUCAUGGACGUCGUGAAUGCCGAACAGGCCCGCAUAGCUGAAGAGGCGGGAGCGUGCGCCGUCAUGGCCCUGGAGCGCGUGCCCGCAGACAUCCGCAAGGACGGCGGCGUGGCUCGCAUGUCGGACCCGCAGCUGAUCAAGGAGAUCCAGGCGGCGGUGACGAUCCCGGUCAUGGCCAAGGCCCGGAUCGGGCACUUCGUCGAGUGCCAGAUCCUCGAGGCCCUGGGCGUGGACUACGUCGACGAGUCCGAGGUGCUCACGCCCGCCGACGACACGUACCACGUCGAGAAGGGCGGGUUCAAGGUCCCCUUUGUGUGCGGGUGCCGCAACCUGGGCGAGGCCCUGAGGCGCAUCGCCGAGGGCGCGGCCAUGAUCCGGACCAAGGGCGAGGCCGGCACGGGCGACGUCGUCGAGGCCGUCAAGCACAUGCGCACGGUGAACAAGGAGAUCGCGAGGGCGCAGGCCGCGCUGGCCGAGGGCGAGGGGGCGCUGCGCGCCAUGGCGAGGGAGAUCGAGGUCGACCCCGUCCUGCUGAAGCAGGUGGCCCAGCUGGGCAGGCUGCCCGUGGUGAACUUCGCCGCCGGCGGCAUCGCCACCCCCGCCGACGCCGCGCUGAUGAUGCAGCUGGGGUGCGACGGUGUCUUCGUCGGCAGCGGCAUCUUCAAGAGCGGAAACGCCGCCAAGAGGGCAAAGGCCAUCGUCCAGGCCACGACGCACUUCCGCGACGCCAAAGUCCUGGCCGAGUGCAGUUCCGGGUUGGGCGAGGCCAUGGUCGGCAUCAACUGUGGGACCAUGAAGGCCGACGAAAAGUUGGCCGGGAGAGGGUGGUAGAAACAUCAACCAAGAGGAAAUCUUGGACUCCGUGCUUCCUCUUACAUGUUCAGUCUUCACCCCGAGUCAUGAUGUGGAAAGAGCGAUAUGGUAGGGGAGAGUGUCACCCUCUGACCAACAACGGCACAACGACAAAAGAAUUGGCGUACUUGGAUAUGGGAAAGAAAGAAACAGCAUCAGCGAAUCUGGUUGAAAAGGUUGAACGCUCAAGCCAGCAAGGAAUGGGUUAUUCGUGCUUGCGCCUGGAUACUCUGCUGCGAGGUAUGAGUUUGUUCCAGGUCUCGCACUCUUUGUCAAAACACCCACACACUUUCCAGGAAAUCAAAAAGUUAUGUACAGACGACCUAUUACACUUGAAGUUCCAUUUUGGUGACACACCCCAUCUCCGAAGUUGCCAGUAUACGUGUGAACGAUAUCAGCUUGGCUUUGUGACUAUCUGGUAUGCAGGUGUUUUCAGCCUAAUUACUUACUUGCUUUUCCACGUAAGGUGGAUUUUUCGUGACACCACCUAUCUGUAUUUUCGCACUAUCUAAGGAGUACCAGCGUGUAUACAUAUAUCUAUAUCGGGAGCGUUUCGUAGUAUCAUCC